GUAAAGAUUACUUCAGUUUUCGAAAAGGUUCCUGUGUCACUUUUUUUUCCCGAAAACUUUGCGAAACUUUUGUUCUCUUUAUCUUCUAUAGUUAUAUUUAUCCAAAACGAAUUUCAAUCCGUUAAUCACUCUGAAUCAAUCAUGAAACUUAGGCUUAGAUCUUUAGAAACCAAACAAACUCAUAAAAUCGAAGUUUCCAACACUUGUAAUCUUCAACAAUUGAAGGAAAUUAUCAUCUUUCAACUCUUUCCAUCAUCAUCAUCUUCAUCAUCAUCAUCUGCUUGCACUGAUUCUCAUAGAAGUUUGCUUUUAUCUCUCAAUAAGAAGGAAGAACUUCGUGGAUCAUCUCCUGAUGAAUCUCUUGAAUCCCUCGGUAUUACUUCAGGUGAUUUAAUUUACUUUACUCAAAACCCUUAUGCAUUUUCUUCUGAAAGUUUGGAUUUAUCAAAUGCACAAUUAGAAAAAUCUGUGAAUACCCAGACGGUAGAAAGUAAUAUAUUUCAUGAAGUAAGUGUUCCUAGUGCUGAAAUUAGUGAUUUGAUGAAUGCCCAUGUGAAAGAAGUUUCGGUAAUUGGAAACCCUAGAAAUUGUAUUGAGGAAUUGGGGAAAACCCAGAUCAUUGAAUCUGGUGAAAACGAUAAAUUUAUUGGUUCUAGUGCACAAACUAGCGAAAUGAUAGAUACCCAUGAGGGAAAUUCAUCUAAAUUGAGUGAUGCUAAUGAGGAAAUACCAAUUGAUGGAAUGGAGGUUGAUGACAAAUGUAAAGAUCAGGGAAAUUAUAAGUUUUCUGUGCCAAAUUUUCUGAAGAAAGUUUUUGUGAAGGAAGUGGGAAAUUCUGCUGUUAAUUGUGGUAAUCAUAAGCUAUUGGUAUUUGCUGUUCAUGCUGUUUUAUUAGAGUCUGGUUUUGUGGCUUAUGACCCAGUUCUAAGGAGGAAAGUUGAAGGUUUUCAUCUUUCUGAGGAGUGGCCUUCUUUAGCUUUUGGAAUGACUUUGCAUUAUACCCUCCCCGAGGUUUCGGAGUCUGAGGUUGUUGAGACUGUUGUUCUGAAGUUCCAAACUCUAGGGAAGUUUGUUAAAAUUUAUGGUUUUUUGCCAAACAAAGGAUUUGAAGUACACCAAGUGUGCUUGGAUGAACCAGGGCUACUUCCAGCUUUGAGCUUUGUUUGGAAAAUGAGUGAUCAUACUGGUGAUCUUGUUGAAUUUGAUAGUUCAAGGAAGUUAUUCCCAAACCAUGAAAUUUUCGAGUUUUGGAGAAUUGUGAAGGAUGGGCUUUCAUACCCCUUACUAAUUGACCUAUGUGAAAAAACGGGUUUAGCUCCUCCGUCUUGUUUCAUGUGUCUUCCUACAGAACUUAAACUUAAGAUUUUGGAGUCCCUUCCUGCUGUUGGUGUCGCAAGAGUGGAAUGUGUAUGUUUGGAAUUGCGUUUUGUUGCUUCGAACAAUGAAUUGUGGAAGAUGAAGUAUGAAGAAGAGUUUGGAAACGGUGCACCAUCGCAAAGUGAAUGUCGAUGGAAGGAAAAGUUUUGUGUAACUUGGGAGAUAAAGAAGAAGAGGAAGAGAGCGUCGUAUUGUAAGCCAUAUCAAUGGAGAGAUCCUUUUUGGUUUAGGCCUUCAUUUCCAAGCCGAAGGGAUCCAAAUCCCCUUGGCUCGCCUUUUGUAGUUGGCGGAGAUUAUGAUCGUUUUCCUGCAUCUGGUCUUCCUCAACAUCCAGCUCGUCGUGUUUUUAGGAGGAUGAAUUGUGAUCUGGGAGGACUUGGUCUGUAAACAAGACUGUAAUGGAAGCCAUCCUUCCUGUUGAGCUAGCUACCUGCUAGAUGACUGCAGGUUUAAUGUAUCGGUUUCCUGCAACAUUCGUACUAGUUUUAUACUUCCUCUGUUAUGAGUUACUCUGUUAUGAAAUACUCGUACCCAAUUGUAACAUGUUGUGCGGGAAAAAAUAUAACUAUCUGUAGCAAGCAUAGCUUAUGUUUAAUUUUUGUUUAUAAAAACUUUGGUUUAUCUUUUAAGGUGUAAGUUUUGAAGAUGUCUUUGCCUGAAUUUUUGGGAUCACUCUUUUGUAUGGUAUAAACAAAUUAGCAAGGAGUAAUUGUAUUUUAUGUCAAUAAUGUUAAGCUCGAA